GCAGAAAGAACGAGAGACAGUCAGUGACAAGACGGGACGGACGAGUCGGAAAGACGCCGGCACAGAACUGCAUGCGACCUUUUAGUCAACCACACAUCCACACCACGUUCAGAAAUCAGCCAUGAAUCCGAACACACACAGACAGGUGUAUACACCUGCAUACCGAAGCCAUUGCGAUCGAGGCCCGACAGAUCCAACAAGUCUCUUAAAACGUGGCAGCCGUCGAUCUGCAUGGCAUACACACAAACACAUCCACACGAAACAGCGCGGGAAGCGCACUACAGACGCAAGGGCCUCACCUCGCCAUACAAACGCAACAACGGUACAAUCAUCGACAUUGACAAGACUAUACGUGGCCUUAUCUGAGUCUCGUGUUCCCGGGUGUGUACGUCUUGAUGAUCAGCUGUUCCGUCUUGCCAGGCGUCGAUCCACGCCGCUUGGGGGCGUCAGCACGGCACCUGUCCUCCACCUCUCUCUCCCUCGCCGACCUCUGCCCGGCCCCUCUCUCCCGCGCUGCGUGUCUCGCGUCUUCCACCGCCCUCUCUAUCCGUCUCUGCUCGUCCCAGGGGCCGAGACGCCUUCUCAACGACUCAAGACGGAUUGAGGAGGUGAGCCUCUCCGAAUGAGCCGAUGUGCGUCGGAUGGCAUCUUGCCAAGCGUCAAGCCCCCAUCGGGAGAGAGAGACCCUCUGCUUGUCUCGGGAUGAGACCUCCACCGGGAGGCCGAGCCUCGUGCGGACGUGGGGGGAGGUCGGCUGGUAGCUCUGCUCGUUGAGGCAGACGGGAAGGGCGGAGUCGUCGGCACGGUCGACUCGCUUGACAUACAUGCCCAUUCGGCUCCUUCGCCUUCUCGACCUCUCCCUUUCGCUGCGGAGGCUCUCUGCCACCGAUCGAGCGGUCGAUGGCCGGCCGCUUCGAGACAUGUUGUCAUGGAGCUGUGCAGCCAGCUGGUCGAGGGACGCUUCGUCUUGAGGAACCCAGACAUGGGCAUGCAGCGAAUGCCUCCGGCUGGUCCGCCCAGGCACUAGGCCCUCACUGACGGCCACGCUGCGCUGCGAGGGAGACAGCAGCAGCGUUCUCGAUGGCACGGAUGACAUGGCACCGGAGGCGCACGAUUGGGCCAUGUGUGAGAGGGAAGAGGAGGGCCGGGAAUCGGUGGCUUGAGGGCGGACGAACAGCAGCGUCUUGGACGACGCUGUGUGAGCUGUCGACGGGCGUGUCGUGCUUCUGGAGUGGCUCAUCAGACGCACGGCUUCACCUCUGGCCACGGGGCUCAGCAUGUCGACGCGCGCUACAUCGAACAAACGCAGACACCGGGCCUUCUUGACGCUGAAAAGAGAGGACCAAACAGAACAUGGAACAAGCAAACGCUUCCCACCCUCCCCAUCUGUCUCCCCACCUGCAAAGGAUGUUGUCUUUUCCCAGCUCUCUCCUGAACACACUCCUCCUCUCCACCCUCUCCCUCUGAGUCAUCCGGGGCCCAGUGGACGCACCAGAAAACGACGAUGCCGACGAGCAUCUGCUGUGAGAGGCAGGCGCAUAGCUCCGCAAUGUAGCCGCCGAGGCGGGCCGGCUGAGUGACGGCGUCUCCUUUUUUGGCUGACUCGGAGUGGGGGUGAGGUUGAAGCUGAUUCUCUUGUCCCCCUUGCUGGAGGAGGAGAGGGGAACGGUCGCCAUUGGAUGAGAUCCCGUUCUUUCGGGUUCGG